UGAAGUCUCGCGCUGUCUCUAGGUGCCGGGAGCGCGAGAGAGAGGAAAGUGGCCACGCGGAGGAGCUGAAGUGCGGAAACGCGGCGGGCGCGAGAGCGUGGAAGGUCACCGGGGGCACGUGGCGCAACGGCUCACCUGCGUCCGCGGUAACGGUCCAGCCUUUUCCCCCCGCUUAUCCCGAGCAGACCUCGCUUGUGUUGUUGCUCUCCGCUCCACGCUGUGUGUAUGGGUGCCACUUGCCUUGGCGACAGUGAGUGACGGAGCCCUCGCGAGCUGCACGCGCACGAUGGCGGUGUCCAAGUGCCGCAGGCUGAGCGGCGGCGCGCUCCGCGAGCUGCUCGACUCCGUGGAAAGCGUCCUCUUCGACUGCGACGGGGUGAUAUGGCGCGGCGACCAGGCCAUCCCCGGCGCCGCGGAUGUGGUGAACCGGCUCAAGAAGCAUGGCAAGCGGGUGUUCUUCCUCACCAACAACAGCACCAAGACGAGGGGCAUGUACGCGGACAAGCUGCGGCGCCUGGGCUUCGACGCGGCCGAGGACGACGUGUUCGGCACGGCCUUCUGCUCCGCCGCCUUCCUCAAGUCCGAGGCGAAGCUGGAGGGCAAGGUGUACCUGAUCGGCAGCGCGGCCAUGCAGCAGGAGCUGCGCAGCGUGGGCAUCGAGCAGGUGGGCGUGGGGCCCGACCCGGUGUCCGGCGCGCAGGCGGACUGGGCCGGCGUGCCGCUCGACCCCGAGGUCAGGGCUGUGCUCGUGGGCUUCGACGAGCACUUCAGCUACAUGAAGCUGAACAAGGCGCUGCAGUACCUGAGGAACCCCGACUGCCUGUUCGUGGGCACCAACACCGACACUCGGCUGCCGUUGGAGGACGGCAAGGCCAUCCCAGGGACCGGCUGCCUACUGAAGGCGGUUGAAACCGCAGCCCAGCGCCAGGCUGUCGUCGUGGGGAAGCCCAGCAAGUUCAUGUUCGAGUGCGUGGCCGGACGGUACGGUCUGGACCCGGCUAAAACGCUCAUGGUGGGCGACCGGCUGGACACGGACAUUCUGCUGGGCUCCAACUGCGGCCUGAAGACCCUGCUCACCCUGACGGGGGUGUCCACGGUGGCGGACGCGGAGGCCCAUCAGCGGAGCGGCUGCGACGUGCGCCUCGGCAUGGUGCCCGACUACUUCGUGGAGAGCGUCGCCGAGCUCCUGCCGGCGCUGCAGGGGUAGAUUCUUCAAAGCGCGUUUGACCUUCCCUCUUCACCCCUGCUGCUCAGUCCUCACGUUUCACCGCCGUAAAAACAAACGUGCACCGAAAGCAAAAAGAAAAAACAAAAAUUGUACCGUGCGCUCCUCCUGAGACCCAGCUAAUUCGUGCCGUUCUGCUCUAGAGGACAUAUUAAGUGUCCUCAAUCCCAACUGCACACCCUACAGUCCUCAUGUACCUUAUAGAUGACCAUUUAUGUUUUUACGCCUACGUGUUUUGGAGUGGGGUUUGGAGAGCUGCUUAGAAAUACAUCCAAAAAUGUGUCUCAGGAGGAUAUAUAUGUAUUAUAUAAUAUAUUUAGUUAUGCCAUGAUGUAUAUCUCUCGGAAUAUAUAUUAGGCAUGCAUCUCCACUGAACUUCUUGUAUGAACACAUUUACAGUUUCUCAGCAAUAUUUAAGUGUUUUACACAAAGUGACAAGGUUAACAAGGAGUAAUGUAAGUAGAAGAGGGUGGAGGGAGGCUGAUCAAAGUCUGCCUUUCUUUCCUCGUGGAACCCGAUGUUCCGACUCGCAGGGACACGUCGACUUUGUUGCGUAAAUUCUUCCGAACAUCUCCAAGUCGGCCGUGCAGGUGUCGAGAAACGGUGCUGCGGAAAAAAAAAAUGUCGACGUCAAAGUGCUUCUGAUACACAGAGAGUACCUCAUUGUAUGGUGAAAGAGCUUUGAAAGCUUACAGGGCUGAAACUUGGGUAGGUGUGUGUGUUUUUGAAAUGAUUCAGGUAUUAUACAUUUUCAGUGUUGACUAAUUCUGUUGCACUCAACAAAAAGGUGAAUUUAUUUUAAUAGUUUUGAUCUAUUUAUUUUGCCUCCGAUUUAUUGACUUCUGGAUGAAAUGUAACUUCUUUCCGUUGUCUAUUGAGAACUUGUAUUGAUCUUAGUUACAAAUAGAUUUUUAUGCAAGCUAUAAAUAAAGAGGAGACUGAAGUGUAACUGUUAAAAUCUGCAACUUUCCACACAGUUCUGGACAUUUCAGGCUGGUAGUUUCCACACGUUAUUCAGAAAGUAUAGGUGGUCCCAGAUUUACGGUGGUUUGACUUACUGUUUCUUUCGACUUUACGCUGGCGAUAGACAUUCAGUAGAAAUGGUAUUUUGAAUUUUGACUCCCUGCCCAGCAGCGAUCCGCAUCUCCUAGUCUGUCAUGCGGUGGUGUAUGUUAGAUGUACUAAGUGCAUUUUCGACUUACGAUGGGUUUCGCAGAACGUAACCCCAUCGUAAAUCGGGGACCACCUGUACAUUCAACAACCAUGUAAACACCCCUUAGCCUAUCAUUUGAAUUUGACUUUGAAAUCCAGCUUUAAAAAAAAAACUUAAUUUUAUGACUGCACAGUUAGAAAGGGAUGGGGUAAUAAUGUGCGGAAUAGAAUUGUGUAGAAUCCGACAAAAUAUGCGAAGUGGAAUUUUGGAAAGUUGUUUUUGAAAGUGCUGUCCUACCCUCUCUUCACAAAGAAACUGAAGGGUUUAAAUGCUUUGCCUGUUUUUGUCAAUACCCACGGGGCCACUGGGUAAAACUUGGGAAUGCCAGGUACGAGAGCCUCAAACUCCAGACGAGAAAUGUUGCACGUCAGCACUACAUCCAGCCUCUCUCACUACUGACGGUAACACGUUCUGCGAACAAAGCCCUGCGCAUUUGUGACAGUCAUUGUAACAUUUGAAUUUUGGAGGUCAAAGCUGGGCAGUUUACUUUAUUUUUAAUAUAGUGGUUUUUAAGAUAUACCCCGCCCCCCCCGAGAAUACAUGAUCUCAAACACAGCGUUUUGCACACAUUUUGUUUACUUUUAAGUGAUUAACUAAUAGGGAUCAGUUUUUGCAAAAUGUGGACUGGUAACUGGUUGGAUGUUCUUGCCCAACGUCUAAGCCAAAUGGUUCAGACCAGUUCGCAAAAAUAAUUUUGAAAUGAAGAGUUGAAACACUUACGAUAUUGCUUAAUUUCAGACCUCUUCUGUACCAACAUCCUGUUUCUGUGUCCUGUUUAAGCUUGUUUAUACCAUUGCAAAAAUACUACUGUCCUUAAGAGUUGUGUAACAUCCUUUCAUACUUUUUAAUAUUGGAAAUCAUAAAAAUAGUUUUUCUAAAAAUAGGUACAUGCUGUAUGACAUACUGUAGGAAUUGUACUGUGCUUUAGACCGCUGAUAUCAGUAUGACUAUAAUCAGUUUCACAAAGCUCUACUUAAUUCUGAUUUCUUCAAGGCAAAGCUGAACACUUAAAAUGUACCCUUUGAACUUAAUACUGAAAAUCAAUGCCAGUGCCUGGAAAAGUGACAGGGUAAUGUUCAUAGGUACGUAUGCAUUAUGCUUAUUUACAUCAAACUGCAUUUCCUGAAAACAGUAACUUUCCUGAACUCUUUGAGUCAUUUAUUAAAAUGCAAGGAAAUUCUACGAGUUAAUACCUAUCUUUUGUUUACUAUCUAGUCUUUUACCUUUCGUUGAAUGUUUGUCGUGAAAUCAAUAACCUCAUAUUAAAUAUUUUAUGAUCUGAAAGGCAUAACACAAUCAGAAAUGGUAUCGCACUCAUUGAUCUUUGUUGUAAUUCCAGCGUGGUGCUGAUAUUUAAGUACUUGCCGGUGUAAAUGGCAGACGGUCAACCGAGAAUCUCAGCAAAUGCAAUAAAAACAGAAAAACA